CACGCUCAGCCCCUGGGACUACAGAUACGGGCGGCGCUCGGCGUGACGUCAUCAGCGCUGCGACGUUCUCCUUACACGGCCGGCCAGUGAAUCAGUGCGCUCCCGCCUGGGCUGCAGGACGAGCCGGAGCUGCGAGAACUGUAGAGCCAAAGAGGACGCCACCAGCGGAGAGGCCGCGAUCCUAUAGAUCUGGUAAGACUACGGACGUCGUCACCUCCUGCUACAUAUUUUCUGCGUCCUGUGAUUAGUCCUCAUCCAGACUUACUUCCUUCAUUAUACUUCAUUCAUCAACUUGUGAAAAUAUGCCUGUGAAGAAAAAGAGAAAAUCCUCCGCUUCCGAAGAACUGAACCUGAAGAAAUGUAGAAUAACUGGGUAUUGCAGGACUCAGACACCGAAUAGAGUAAUCAAUGAAGACCUGUUCUCCAGCAAGAAGUGCCUGGCGUGGUUUUACGAGUAUGCAGGUCCAGAUGAGAUUGUUGGUCCAGAAGCUAUGGAAAAAUUCUGUGAAGAUAUUGGUGUUGAACCAGAAAAUAUUAUUAUGUUAGUUUUGGCUUGGAAACUAGAAGCAGAAAACAUGGGUUUCUUCACAAAGGAAGAGUGGUUAAAAGGAAUGACGUCAAUACAAUGUGACAGCACAGAAAAGUUACAGGGUAAAUUUGAUUAUCUACGCGCUCAACUGAACGAUAACACUGCCUUUAAGAAUAUUUACAGAUAUGCUUUUGACUUUGCUAGGGAUAAGGACCAGCGGAGUCUGGAUCUCGACACAGCAAAAUCCAUGUUGGCACUUAUUCUAGGAAGAACGUGGCCGUUGUUUUCUGUAUUCUACCAGUAUCUAGAGCAAUCAAAGUACAGAGUUAUGAACAAAGACCAGUGGUACAACGUGUUAGAGUUCAGCCGCACUGUUAAUGCCGACCUUAGUAACUAUGAUGAAGACGGUGCCUGGCCCGUGCUCCUUGAUGAAUUUGUUGAGUGGCAUAAAGUCCGCCAGAUGUCAUUAUAGCAAAAGAUAUUCUGGAAAAAGGAAAAAAAAUAGGAGAACUUUCUGGUGACCUAACACAAAGUAUUUGAAGAAUACUUUCAUCUUUAUCGAAGCCUUUUUUUGUUUUGUUUUUGUUUUUAAUGGAACUGAAGUUUUCUUGUUACACUGGAGUCAGGAAGAAGCCGCGUCAGACUCGUCCCUGAAGUUACUGCUUUCGAUGGCGUUCACACUUGUCUUGGUCCACCAGACAAGUCUACCAGCGAUGGCGAAACCUCUUGGGUUCCUGGGUCACAAGUAUCUCAGCCAUUUCACUGGCACAUUGUGUCCUCAAACCACUUUACGUACACGAAAUGUGGAGAGACUUUUCUGUGCCCCAGAGCGUCUUGGAUGAAACCUACUACUUUGGGUUAGACGUCACAUCUGUAUUGUAAACCACGUUGUGUUUUUUUUGUUUUUACAUCCCGCAUUUUUAAUUGUGAAAUGCUAAGGAGAGGCAAAUUCAAUAACUGGACACAGAGGGCUGUCUUUACAUUUCUAUAGAUGUUGGUAUAUCGGUGGCUUGUCACAUUGGAAAGGGUCCUUUGAUUAAUGGUAGAAGUACCUGAAUAAUAGCCUCACGUGAAAAGUUUUUAAAGGAGCGGUCCAGGAUUUGAAAAAAAAUUAUGCUUUUUUUUUUUUUUUUUUUC